AUGAGGAAGGAGGGCCGAAAGAUGAUUCAUGUUCAGAAGUGGGCCCCAAUCUCCAGGGAAGAUGCCUACACCUUGCUUCGUGGCUGGGGAUACAAAGGGCACUCUGACUUGUUACGCCGAGCGCCGUUGAAGCGAGCCCCUCAGUCGAGCAGUGUUGCAGGGGCCUCUCCAAAGAGGCGUGCUGAGCGGCAGGGGCGUGCUGACGGCACUGACCCUGAGGAGCCGGUGGAUGUGGAUGAAGAAGAGGAGCCGGUGGUUGAGGAGCCCCGGCAGCGCCGGCGGCGUACCCGGGGCACAGCAGCCGGGGCCUUGGAGACGGCCAGCGUGCUGGACAGCAUGCUGGAGACUGGGCCAAAGAGGGCAAGCUCGGCGGGCCGGGCUGAUGAUGCGGGGCCGUUGGAGGCCAGGCUGGCUGGCUUGAGGAGCCGGCUCCAGGAGAAGGUUGGGGACCCCAAGGCCGGGGCCGCGAAGGUGCUGGCUGAUAAGGCUUUGGCCGUGGCUUCUGCCACGAAGCCGAGGCUUAAGCGGACUCGCUCUCGUGACGUAGCCCAUGCCCUGCAGAAGGCACUCCGGCCGCGCAAGAAGCAGGCUGAGGAUUACGAGGGUGAAGGCUCUUCGAGUGACGAGCUGGAUGACGACGAUGCCCUGGAGGUGGCAGGGGAUCCUUCCAGCUUGGUUGUGAAGCGUCGGCAGCUUAAGAAGUACGCCCAGGAGCACCCAGGACAGUUGCUGGUAAAGGGCUUGGCAAACAUGCGUGAGCAGGUCGGGGCCCUCUAUGGUGAUGAUGAUGACGGGAGCGAUCGCUAUGCUCCCGUUGUGAACAGGUACUUGCUUUCGGUUUUGCUGCCCAACUACCCGGCGAAGCAGCAAUCGGAGGACCAGCUGAGGGAGAUGAGGACGCUCGCUUUGGGCAUCGACUUGAUUCUGAACGCUUCAAGUCAUUGUGCAUGGGGCUUCGGGAUGGUAGCACUGCUGCGGAAGAGUGGCGGCGCCUCUCGAGAGGCUCACGCCACGGAAGGAGGAUGGCAAGGACAGACGAGUGAGCUUCUCGCCGGGGGGACCGGCCGUGGACAACGGGGAGCAGGUGAGUUUGGGCACCAUGGCGAAGGCCAGGCAAGCAGUCCCUCGACGGGAGGGGGAGAGCCGGACACAGUGGAAAGACCGGAUAUUCAACCACCUGCGGCAGGGCCAGUGAUGGGGCUGGCCGGGCAGGGAUUGUACACUUCGUUUCCCCAGGCGAGAGCUGACAGUGCUCCUGGCUUGGGUGUGAUUUUUGAAGCUUUUGGUGUGCCUCGGGACAUGUGCCUUCAAGAGCUGGCCGAACAUGCUUUAUGCCAUGCUAAAUGCCACAAUAAGCUGCAGCUGGGGAUUACACUUUUGCAGUUGUUGGUUGCGACCUUGGACGGCCGGGGUGACACCAGCUUUCUUUCGAGCCUCUUUGGUACCAUCACGCCUUUCGGCAAAGGGACCCAAACGCAGGAAACAAAGGGUAGGCAACGCGACUUACUUCCGCUGCCCUUGCCUGCCUUUGGUGCUCUCCUUAGUCUUGUGCCCAAGCUUCAACGAACCUCUGCAGGAAUUCUCCUUUGGGAUCCGGCCGAGGCUCGGAAGACUUGCAAACAGCAGCUUAAGAAAUUGGUGGAGGCAGCAUGUUUCCAAGCAUGGCGGCUGCUGAGUGUUCUGGUUCUUAAUGGUGAAAGUUCUUCAUGGUCGCAGCUGGUGCCAGCCAGUGUGCACAUUGAAACUCGGAGCCAGAGGGUUGCCCUGGCUGGAUUGUCCAGGCGGUGUGCCUGGUGGACUGGUCAACCUUUGCAGGCACGCCCCGAGGUUCCGUUGAGUGAGCUGAUCAGUGCGAGACAUGUGGACUAUUCGGGGGAUGCGGUUCUCAAAGCUUUACCCUUACGCUUGGAGGAGUUGGCUCCUGGAUUACCGGAGGACGGGGUGGCCGGAAGCUUGGACGCACUUGCUAAUGCCGAUGAUGUGGUCGGUCGUUGGUUGGGUGAUCCUACGCAUGUGUUGCUGAAUCCUGAAUCCUGGCCUCGCCCUCUACCUUCUGCCUCUAUGAAUGUUACGCCUCAUGAGUGGGAGCGAAUCGUGGAGGUUCUUUACAAAAAGGGGAUCGUAGAAGCGAUUGAGUUGAGCGAGGUAUUCCAUGUGGGGGACCAACCCGUUCUCAAUGGGGUGUUUGCUGUACCCAAAAGCGGGACGCCCGCUCCCGGCGAGUGCCGGGUAACCCGGCUCAUAAUGAAUCUCGUUCCGGCUAACGCGCUGCAAAAAUUGAUGCCUGGUGAUCUCCCCACCUUAGCGGGAUCUAGAGCUUUUUAUGCGUGGCGCUUACCAAAGACCUGGCGCAAACUCAUGACAUUCAAGCUCCCCGUGCCUGGGCACAUUGUGGGCCGCCCGGACCGUGACAUGGUUCAUGUUGCGUCGGCGGUGAUCCCGAUGGGUUGGAUUAAUGCGGUGAGCCUUUUUCAGCACCUGCAUCGACAGGCUGGGUUGGCACGGGAACCGUGGGGUGCAGGGUUGGAUCCUGCAAUGGAAUGGCGUCGUGACAAACCUGUUCCGAAAGGUGCUGUGGGUUCGUCGGGGGCGUGGUUCCAGUACUACCUGGAUGACUUUGAUUGUCCUGAAAAGGUUCCCCGUCACAAGUGGGAGGCAAUGGCCAACACCAUUUCACCAACCCACGCUCGGCAGCGGUUGUCUUACAACAGGAUAGGCAUCGGAAUUGCGGAGAAGAAAGCUCACAUUCGUGAACCAUGUGUGGUUAGGAUGGGAGCCGAGGUUGAUGGUGUCAAUGGCUUCCUUUCAGCGCCUCGGGAUAAGAUGUUAGAAACAGGCUGGCUUGCUUUGUUUGUCAUUGCAAAACCAUCGGUCUCUCCCCGGAUGAUGAUGGUGGUGCUUGGGCGUCUUACGAGGUGUUUUGAGUUUCGCCGCCCGCUGAUGAGCUUGAUUAACAAGUGCUGGCCAAAGUCCAUGUGGUGCCGUGGGAGGCGGUUGCCUACAGCUCACAUUCAUGAGCUGGUUUGUGCAGUAUCUUUGCUGGGUUUGGCGUUGGUGGACAUGCGUACGCCAGUGUCUGGUCUGGUCACCUGCUCUGAUGCUUCAACGUCAGGAGGUGGGAUGUGCGCGUCAAGUGGACUUACUUCUGAAGGUGUGGACUUGCUUGAGCAGUUGGAUCAAACCCCGCAUGAUGGUGAACGCUUUCGUCCCCAGGGAAGUGUUCAAGGCUACAAGUCGUCUGGUCCACGUGUUUUGAUCAUCUCUCUUUAUGAUGGCUCCAGUGGUGUUAUGUGUGCCCUAACUCGACUCGAUUGUGCUGUGCAAGGUUACGCUUCAGCAGGAGGUGAUUCACUCGAAAAUCGUUUGUCACGCACACGUUUUCCUGGGAUGAUUGAGCUGGGAAGGCCCGGUGACAUUGAUGCAGCUACUGUUUCCAAGUUGGUAUCGUCGAUUGGCUAUCGUCUUGACUUUGUCCUUCUUGCUGGCAGCCUUCCUUCCCAGGAGUCACCUGGGGUGAAAGGUCAGGCAACUCCGGGAGGCGAUCACAAAUCAGCCCUCAAAACCUUCACUGAUUUGUAUGAGAUGCUCACCAUGUCUUUUGGCGUUCCGGUUCAUUUGAUGCUGGAGAAUCUUUUUGAGCUUCGUGAAAGUUCUUUCGCUGCUCUAAAUGAGGCUUUACAACUCAAGCCCUACUUGGUCGACGCAGCCGCCUUUACAGGGGUGCGGCGGCCCAGGCUCUUCUGGGUUACAUGGGAAGUCUCGUGUCUGCCGGGCGAAAGCAUCGAGGGUGCAAGUGGAAAGGCUCUUCCAGCGAUCUGCUGCCUGUGUUUACGCGUCCUCGUGCACGGUCCUGAACUUAGCUCGUUCCCCCAAGAUGCGAUCUCGCGCUGGCAUGGUGACAGGCAUCGCUUUGAUGUGUCAUGUUACCUUGAACCGCACAUGGCGGUUACCGCAGAAGGUGUGCUGCGCUUGCCGACGCUUAGUGAGCGCGAGCGGCUCAUGGGGUUUCCGGACAACUACUUUUCUGCGGGACUUCAUCCUAAGCUUAAGGGUGAGGAACGUCAGACGGUGCGCUCGCAGUUGAUUGGUGGAACUUUUUGUGUGUUUUCUGUCAUGGUGGUGCUCGACUCCCUUUUAGAGCAGUUCGAUCGCAAGGCUUCUCGACAGACCUCUGCUUUCUUUAAUCGUGGGGCUGCGCCGCCCUGCUGGACAGAUGCACCUGUCUUUGUGAAGCAUGCAGCACACAGCGAUGAAGUGACACGGUUGGUGACGCAUUAUUUGCGGGUUGCUGAACGAGGUGGUACUGACGUCCGACUUGAUGCGGGGAUUCCGUUCAGGGCUAAAGCAUGGCCUCGCAGUGGGAUUCAAAGUCACCUCUUCAACUGGGCUGUGGUGCACGGUUAUCCAUGGAGACAUGUGGCUCACAUUAACGUUCUUGAGCUGCAGGCAGUUGUAAAUUCCGUAAAGUGGAGACUUCGCCGCUCUGACAAUCUGGAGCAUCGUGUUAUGUUGCUGCUUCCGAUGGGGAAGCAAAGCGCUCCCAAGCCAAGACCGCGCUUGACGCUGCGUGAUCAGAUGGUGACGGCGGCAAUGCAGUUGCGCUACGCUCGUGCCGUGCUAAACUUCCUCACCUUCUUGGCGGACUCUGACUUGGCUUCUCACAAGAUUUCGCACUUGUGCGAUGCUGCAUCUGAAUGGGUCGAGUUUCUUUACGCGGAUGGUGAAAGGAAAGGUCUGGCUAGUGAUGGUCUGGCGGGCUUGCAUUUUUAUUUGCCGCAGUGCCAUGGCAGAUUGAAGCUAGCGUGGAAGCUGGUGAAAGUCUGGCAGAGAAUCGAGCCACCGAUGCAUGUAUUGCCUCUCAGUCCACUUGUGGUGUUAGGUAUGGCUGGCUUGGCAGCAGGUGUUGGCCUGUCGGAGGUCGCAGCUGGGCUUUUGGUGUGCUUUGAUGGGCUACUGCGCAGCGGUGAAUUCUACCAGCUGCGGGUUUCUGACGCGACGUUUUACUCUGACCGUGCAGCGCUGCGUUUAGGCCUUACCAAAGGCGGGAAGCGGACGGGCCAGGAGGAGAUGGUCAUCAUCAACAGCUGCCUGGCGGUCCGAUGGUUGCGCAAAGCUUGUGCUGGCAAGCGAGGGAGCCAACUCGUCAUGACUCAAGGUGCGGGACUUUUCCGUAAAUGGUUCAAGAUCCUGUUGGCAGAAUUCCGGCUACAAGAUUUGCACAUCAAUGUUUAUUCCUUGCGCAGAGGAGGCGCCACAUGGGAUUUUUUGGAGCACCAAUCCAUGGAGCGCACACUGCUGCGAGGCCGUUGGGCCUCGACCUCCUCAGCGCGGGUUUAUCUGCAGGACGCAGUGGCCACUGUGGCUCACUUGAAGCUGGCCAAAUGGCAGACGGCACUGGCCCAGCAAGCAAUGGCCUUUCUUUGA